AUGGCCCAGCCGCCAAGUGGCAAGCCUGUGGUGGAUGAGGAAGAAGACUACGACUAUGAAUCUCUCCCGCCAAACUUUUCGCUGCUGCAGAACAUGGCUGCGGGAGCAUUUGCUGGCAUUGCUGAACACACCGUCAUGUAUCCAAUUGAUGCGAUAAAGACGCGAAUGCAAGUUCUGCAACCACAUGGAACCACAGCACAUAACAGCGUUAUCCGAAAUACAUUGCACAUUGCGCGAACCGAGGGUGUAUUCAGUUUAUGGCGCGGCAUGUCCAGUGUCAUAGUGGGAGCUGGUCCUGCCCACGCUGUCUACUUUGCGACGUAUGAAGCCGUUAAACAUGCCAUGGGUGGCAAUCAGGCGGGCGUACACCACCCUCUUGCUGCUGCUACAAGCGGUGCCGCAGCUACGAUUGCCAGCGAUGCUUUCAUGAAUCCAUUCGAUGUUAUCAAGCAACGUAUGCAGAUGCAGGAGUCUCGAAAGAUGUAUCGCUCCAUGGUCGACUGCGCCAAGUACGUCUACCGAAACGAAGGCUUGGGCGCCUUCUACAUCUCCUACCCAACCACGCUCUCCAUGACCGUUCCCUUCACCGCGCUCCAAUUCCUCGCAUACGAAUCCAUCUCAACCACGAUGAACCCGACCAAGGCAUACGACCCCGUCACCCACUGUCUUGCCGGAGCCGUUGCCGGUGGCUUUGCCGCUGGUCUCACCACCCCCAUGGACGUCAUCAAGACGAUCCUACAGACGAGAGGCACAUCCUCCGAUCCGCAAGUCAGAAACGUCAGCGGCUUCCUAGAUGGCUGCAAGCUGCUGUAUAGGAGAGAGGGCUUCAGGGGCUUUUUCAAGGGCGUCAGGCCCAGAGUUGUCACAACGAUGCCAAGUACUGCUAUUUGCUGGUCCGCCUAUGAAUUUUCCAAGUAA